UUCUUCCUUCUCUUUGCUGUUUCGACGUGAGAAAUCUGGUUAAUGGAAAAGUUUGUUCAUUAAAACUAACACACGUUCAGCUUGAAUCCGUGGAGUAACGUUUAAGAAACCAGUAAGGUGCCAGUCAGUUCAGACCCGCCCUUUGAGUAGGGAGCAGCCGCGGGCGAUGGGGCGUCCGUAGGACAAGUUGGAGGCUGUACUUGAUCCUUGAACCUCCUUUGACAGGAGGUUGUACUCGUGACUAUGAGUAACUCUGGAAAAAAAAAAGUAAUCCACCUGCUAAUUAGUAAUGCUGCGAAAAGGCCACAGGAGAGGAAGGCAGGCAGUUUCCAUGGGCCAUAGUGCUUUUUCAUCAGCCUUGUUAUGUCAUCACGGGUUACCAAGCUCUCCUGUGGUUUAGUAUUCAAAAAACCGGGGCACUUUAUUAUGGAUAUCAAGUCAGAAGAUACAUGUUACCAAAAGUCCUAUGUCAAAACUUACUAAAGAUUUUCAGGGACAUUAGAAAUGGCUACACCCCAGUCAGUUUUCAUCUUUGCAAUUUGUAUUUUAAUGAUAACAGAAUUAAUUCUGGCCUCAAAAAGCUACUAUGAUAUCUUAGGAGUGCCAAAAUCUGCAUCAGAACGCCAAAUCAAGAAGGCCUUUCACAAAUUGGCCAUGAAGUACCACCCUGACAAAAAUAAGAGCCCUGAUGCUGAAGCAAAAUUCAGAGAGAUUGCAGAAGCAUAUGAAACUCUUUCAGAUGCUAGUAGGCGAAAAGAGUAUGAUACACUUGGACACAGUGCUUUUACUAAUGGUAAAGGACAAAGAAGUGGAAGUCCUUUUGAGCAGUCAUUUAACUUCAAUUUUGAUGACUUAUUUAAAGACUUUAACUUUUUUGGUCAAAACCAAAAUUCUCGAUCUAAGAAGCAUUUUGAAAAUCACUUCCAGACACGCCAGGAUGGUUCCAGUAGACAAAGGCACCAUUUCCAGGAGUUUUCUUUUGGAGGUGGAUUGUUUGAUGACAUGUUUGAAGAUAUGGAAAAAAUGUUUUCUUUUAGUGGUUUUGACAACACCAAUCAGCACACAGUACAGACUGAAAAUCGAUUUCAUGGAUCUAGUAAGCACUGCAGAACUGUCACUCAAAGAAGAGGAAACAUGGUUACUACGUAUACUGACUGUUCUGGACAAUAGUGGGCCCUUUUUUUCUGUUGUCACUAAAACCAUCUUGUUGACUUUUCCUCAAUAUCUUUGAUGAAAAAAGUUUUCUGUGAAUUGCUUUGACAAGUGCAUGAUUUCGCUUUAAGCAAUUUGAUAUAGCUAUUACAUAUAUUUAAGUUAUUCUAACAUUCAACAUUCAGUAGACAAAAUGUAAUAUUAAUUUUCCUUAAUAGGAAUUUUUUUAUAAAAAGAAUUCUGCCAAGUCAUUUUUCUUUACCUACCUUUGAGUUCCUAAAAGUAGCAAGUUUUAGUAUCAAAAAGAAAGAUUGAAUUUGGGUGAUACACAUUUAAAGAUUAAACUUUAAAAGAAAUGAAUUGUGUAAAUUUAGAUGAUUUUUUACAGUAAAACAUUUGCUAAUACAAAAUUGCAUGCUUUGUGGCAUCUGUUAAUUCAGUUGCUAAAUGUAUAUGAGAUUGUAUAAUUGAGUCAUUCAGCAAAGGAGAUCAGUAUGUUGGUUAAUUACCACUAAAAGCUUUAGGAAAGGAUGGUUUUAUUUUUGCAACCAAAUCAUGCCUUUUCUAUAGUAGAAUUGGGGUAAAGGAAGUAUAUUGCUUAUAGUCAGUGAAGCAGAAAAAGUUGAAAAUUUGUGAAAUAUUGCCAAGAGAUUGUUAGUGUGUGUAGGCCCUGAAUAAUGUUUUUUUUAAGAUUGAAAUUAUAACUACUUACACAUUUCCCCCACCUUUCUUUUUAACCCUAUAGGUCUUCAUACAAAUUUAUGUGGUCUUUUUUUGUGUGUACAUAGUUCUUCCUCUUUGCACUUACCUUGGUCUAGAGAUUGCACUUAUCUUCAUCUAAUACCUCAUUCUUUUGUAAAACCAGCCAGUAAUUUCUGUGCAACCUUAUUAUGUGCAAUAUUUUAAAAUCCUAAGACGUGUGUAUUUUGGUUUUUAGAUAGACUUAUUUCUUUAGUUUGGCACUUUUCCACAUUAUACUCCAUAUGAGUAUUAAUCCUUUGGAUGCACAUUAAAACUAGUAAUGUCUCAUACAACAUUGUGUGUGAGUGAGAGAAAUAUAAAUAUUUACAACCUGA